AUGGCUUCAGGAUUCAGCGGCGAUGAAACUGCUCCUUUCUUCGGCUUCCUCGGCGCUGCCGCCGCUCUCGUCUUCUCCUGUAUGGGAGCAGCGUACGGGACAGCAAAGAGUGGGGUCGGCGUGGCGUCGAUGGGUGUGAUGAGACCAGAGCUUGUAAUGAAAUCGAUAGUUCCUGUUGUUAUGGCUGGUGUGUUAGGUAUUUACGGUUUGAUCAUAGCUGUCAUCAUCAGUACUGGAAUCAACCCUAAGGCAAAAUCUUACUAUCUAUUCGACGGUUAUGCUCAUCUCUCUUCCGGUUUAGCUUGUGGUCUCGCUGGUCUCUCCGCUGGUAUGGCUAUCGGAAUCGUCGGUGAUGCAGGUGUCAGAGCGAAUGCACAGCAACCAAAGUUGUUUGUGGGAAUGAUUCUGAUUCUCAUUUUUGCUGAAGCGCUUGCGUUAUAUGGUCUUAUUGUUGGUAUCAUUCUCUCUUCUCGUGCUGGUCAGUCUAGAGCUGAGUGAUCUCUGAAAGUCUUUUUUUUUUUUGAUAAAGCCUUGUAAUGUUUUUUUGAUAUAUUUCAUUGUGAGUUUUUGAGUUUCUUAUGAAAAAACAAGCAAAAGUCAUUUGAAUUUGGUUCUAAUUGUGUUUUUUUUUAAAUAAAAAUAUUUGCGCACUAUACAAGUAAUCAAUAUAUCAGUAAGUAAUGAAAUAAGAGGAUUCGGU